CAGAGUGAGUAGGAGCCAUGUGACUCUGGUGAGUUGGAGUGUGCAAUUGCCUCCUGCUUCAGAGCUACCUGAUUCGAAUACUAAGCAGAGAGAGUGCCGCGCUGAGUGUAAGACACCGAAGACACUGCAGAGAAAGGUGCUUAUUCCAGAGGCAUUACAAAACAUGGAGAUUAAAGACCAGGGAGCCCAAAUGGAGCCGCUGCUGCCUACGCCCUGAAGAUGCUGGGACAUAGAGAUGGCUGUGAUUAUCUUUUAUAAGACAGGAAAUGCAAUCUUUAGGGGUUUCUGGAAAUAGAAAGGUCAUGCAGUCUGGAACCUGUGAGCCUUUUCAGUCUCUAAGUCAUCAGAGAAAUGAUGAAGAGGCAGUUGUGGAUAGAGGUGGAACUCGUUCGAUUCUUAAAACACAUUUUGAGAAAGAAGAUUUAGAAGGUCACCGGACUCUGUUUAUUGGAGUGCAUGUGCCUCUGGGAGGAAGAAGAAGUCACAGACGUCAUCGGCAUCGUGGUCAUAAACACAGAAAGAGAGACAGAGAAAGAGAUUCUGGAUUAGAGGAUGGAAGGGAGUCACCCUCAUUUGAUACCCCAUCACAGAGAGUUCAGUUUAUUCUUGGAACUGAGGAUGAUGAUGAAGAACACAUUCCUCAUGAUCUUUUCACGGAACUGGAUGAGAUUUGCUGGCGUGAAGGUGAGGAUGCUGAGUGGCGAGAAACAGCCAGAUGGUUGAAGUUUGAAGAAGAUGUUGAAGAUGGAGGAGAGAGGUGGAGUAAGCCAUAUGUGGCCACUCUUUCAUUGCACAGCUUGUUUGAAUUGAGGAGUUGCAUUCUGAAUGGAACUGUGUUGCUGGAUAUGCAUGCCAACACUUUAGAGGAAAUUGCAGAUAUGGUCCUUGACCAACAAGUGAGCUCAGGUCAGCUUAAUGAGGAUGUUCGCCAUAGAGUCCAUGAGGCACUGAUGAAACAGCAUCACCACCAGAAUCAGAAAAAACUUACCAACAGAAUUCCCAUUGUUCGCUCAUUUGCUGAUAUUGGCAAGAAACAAUCAGAACCAAAUUCCAUGGAUAAAAAUGCAGGUCAGGUUGUUUCUCCUCAAUCUGCUUUAGCCUGUGUUGAAAAUAAAAAUGAUGUGAGCAGGGAAAACAGCACCGUUGAUUUUAGCAAGGGACUGGGAGGCCAACAAAAGGGGCACACUAGUCCAUGUGGGAUGAAACAAAAGCAUGAAAAAGGACCUCCACACCCGCAAGAGAGAGAGGUUGAUCUGCAUUUUAUGAAAAAGAUUCCUCCCGGUGCUGAAGCUUCAAACAUCUUAGUUGGGGAAUUGGAGUUCUUGGAUAGAACAGUAGUUGCAUUUGUCAGGUUGUCUCCAGCUGUUUUGCUUCAAGGACUGGCUGAAGUUCCAAUUCCAACCAGAUUUUUGUUCAUUCUUCUGGGACCCCUUGGAAAGGGUCAGCAGUACCAUGAGAUUGGCAGAUCAAUUGCAACCCUAAUGACAGAUGAGGUAUUUCAUGAUGUUGCUUACAAAGCUAAGGAUCGUAAUGACUUGGUAUCAGGAAUUGAUGAAUUUCUGGAUCAGGUAACUGUUCUCCCUCCUGGAGAAUGGGAUCCAAGCAUUCGAAUAGAGCCUCCCAAAAGUGUUCCUUCCCAGGAGAAGAGGAAGAUUCCUGCUGUACCAAAUGGAACAGCAGCUCAUGGGGAAGCAGAACCCCACGGGGGACAUAGUGGACCUGAACUCCAGCGAACUGGAAGGAUUUUUGGGGGACUUAUUUUAGAUAUCAAAAGAAAAGCUCCAUACUUCUGGAGUGACUUCAGAGAUGCUUUCAGCCUGCAGUGCUUAGCAUCUUUUUUGUUUCUCUACUGCGCGUGUAUGUCUCCUGUCAUCACUUUUGGAGGACUACUGGGAGAAGCAACCGAAGGUCGUAUAAGUGCAAUUGAGUCUCUCUUUGGAGCUUCCAUGACUGGGAUAGCAUAUUCUCUCUUUGGUGGACAGCCUCUUACUAUACUGGGUAGUACAGGACCAGUUUUGGUGUUUGAAAAGAUUUUGUUUAAAUUUUGCAAAGAAUAUGGGCUCUCAUACCUAUCUUUAAGAGCUAGUAUUGGACUUUGGACUGCAACCCUCUGCAUCAUACUUGUGGCCACUGAUGCAAGCUCCCUUGUCUGCUAUAUCACUCGAUUUACUGAAGAAGCUUUUGCUUCUCUUAUUUGCAUCAUUUUCAUUUAUGAGGCCCUAGAGAAGUUGUUUGAACUCAGUGAAUCAUAUCCAAUCAACAUGCAUAAUGAUUUGGAACUGCUGACACAAUAUUCAUGUAACUGUGUGGAACCACAUAACCCUAGCAAUGAUACACUGAGGGAGUGGAGGGAGUCCAAUAUUUCCGCAUCUGACAUAAUUUGGGAGAACUUAACUGUAUCGGAAUGCAGAUCCUUGCAUGGAGAGUAUGUUGGACGAGCCUGUGGCCACGAGCAUCCAUAUGUUCCAGAUGUUUUGUUUUGGUCAGUGAUCUUGUUCUUUUCAACAGUUACUAUGUCAGCCACCCUGAAGCAGUUCAAGACUAGCCGCUACUUUCCAACCAAGGUUCGAUCCAUAGUGAGUGACUUUGCUGUCUUUCUUACAAUUCUGUGUAUGGUUUUAAUUGACUAUGCCAUUGGGAUCCCGUCUCCAAAACUCAAAGUACCCAAUGUUUUCAAGCCUACCAGAGAUGAUCGUGGUUGGUUUGUUACACCUUUAGGUCCAAAUCCUUGGUGGACAGUAGUAGCUGCUAUUAUUCCAGCAUUACUUUGUACUAUUCUAAUUUUUAUGGACCAACAAAUUACAGCUGUCAUCAUCAACAGAAAAGAACAUAAGCUUAAGAAAGGCUGUGGGUACCAUCUGGAUUUAUUAAUGGUGGCGGUCAUGCUUGGUGUGUGCUCCAUCAUGGGCCUGCCGUGGUUUGUGGCUGCCACGGUUCUCUCCAUUACUCAUGUCAACAGCCUCAAACUGGAAUCAGAAUGUUCAGCUCCAGGAGAACAACCCAAAUUUCUUGGCAUUCGGGAGCAAAGGGUUACUGGACUUAUGAUUUUUAUCCUUAUGGGUUCAUCAGUCUUUAUGACCAGCAUUCUUAAGUUUAUUCCCAUGCCAGUGCUAUAUGGAGUAUUUCUUUAUAUGGGUGCUUCAUCACUAAAGGGAAUUCAGUUGUUUGAUAGAAUAAAGCUCUUCUGGAUGCCUGCAAAACAUCAACCAGAUUUUAUAUAUUUAAGACAUGUACCACUUCGAAAAGUUCACCUCUUCACAGUUAUUCAGAUGAGUUGUCUAGGUCUUUUGUGGAUAAUAAAAGUUUCAAGAGCUGCUAUUGUCUUCCCCAUGAUGGUGUUAGCUCUGGUAUUUGUAAGAAAGUUGAUGGAUUUUUUGUUUACCAAACGGGAACUCAGCUGGUUGGAUGACUUAAUGCCUGAAAGCAAGAAAAAGAAACUAGAAGAUGCUGAAAAAGAAGAAGAACAAAGCAUGCUAGCUAUGGAAGAGGAGGGCACAGUACAGCUUCCACUGGAAGGGCAUUAUCGAGAUGAUCCAUCUGUAAUCAAUAUUUCUGAUGAAAUGUCAAAGACUGCCUUGUGGAGGAACCUUCUGAUUACUGCUGAUAACUCAAAAGAUAAGGAGUCAAGCUUUCCUUCUAAAAGCACUGAAAGCCGAAAGGAGAAGAAAGCUGACUCAGGGAAAGGUGUUGACAGGGAGACUUGUCUAUGACUUGAUCUUCAAUUUAUUUUUCACAUAUAUCUGAGAAGAGUGCCACAAUUAUUAAUAAAACUGCUUUGAUCAUGUAUUGUAAAUUCUGUCUCUUGGUCCAAAUCCACCUUCAUACUGUAAGUAGUGCAAUACUUGUUUCAUUUCUGUGUUUAAACUUCUGAGCAGUGAGAUAAACUUGUGAGCAUAUACAAUAGCUAAUGCAAGAAACUGUAUUCUUUGCUAUAUGUUAGACAUUUAUAAACACGGGAUUCUCAUUGUUAGUUUUGUGAGAGCAAUAGCUUUCUUAAAGAGAUAAGUCAUAUUUACCUAGUUUGUACUUUUCCUAUUUUAGUGAUCUGAAGAUACCUGAUAAUUUUACUCAGAGGAAUUUUGAAAGGUAGCCUAAUAUCUUAUUUUUUAAGCUUAGCAUUAGUGACUUGCUUCAAAAGACCCAAAUCAAAAAACUAGCUUGAAAACAUUUUUAAUAAUUGUAUUUAUGCAUUUACUUUAUUUAAUAUGAUGCAUUUAAUACUUAAGAAUUUCUAUAUUACUGAAACAGUCAUUUGAAGGAAAUAUAUACAAAGCUGUCCACAACUUGUCUAAAAGAAUCACAGUAUUACAAAAAGUCAAUUAGUAUUUGCUUUGAAAUACAAAUUGUGAUUAUAUGAUUAAAUACUAGGCUUGUAUGAAAUGCGUUAGAAAAACUUUACAAGUUUUGUGAGAUUUUCAAUAUAAACCUCUAUUAUAAAUAUGCUGUUGAAUUUAUCUUUCAUUAACACCAGAUGUUUUCCGAAUAAGCUUAUCAUAUACAUACUUGUGGACUCUGCUGAGUAAUUGUAUAUGAAAUUUUGCUGCUAGAGCUUGUGUUCUACUUAAUGCUGCUUCUGAAUAAUAUUGUAAGUUAGACAGACCAGUUUCCAGUUGGCUUAUUUUUUUCCCCCUGCAUAGCAAUUUCCACUAUUUAAAUGCAUGUUGUGGAAAAUUAAUCUUUUAAAUAAAAGUUUCAGAUUCUUUUUGAAGAGAAGAUUCUGUAGAUAUUUUAAUAUAUAUGAAAGAAUCCAUCUUUAUAAGAAGGCAAGUGAAGAAUUGUUGAGUAUAACUAAAGUUGUAGCAUUUAAUUUUAUUUUAAAUAUAUGUGAACUGAAUAAAGAAUAAAUACCAUAGUAUUCUUGUCAAGAAUGACCAGUAAUUACCAAUAUUUUACAACAAUUCAGUGUCCAAUGUUAUAAUAAUUUUGCAUCCUGUUAUUUAUCAAAACUAUUAAUUACAUAAUUUGAGUAUAUGGCACAUAUUUAAAAAAGUAAAAGUAAAUCCUCUUGUGAUUAAUCUUAUGAGGGAAAAACCAACAACAAUAAAAUCUCGAUUAGGCUUAACAUUUUGAUACCUUCUGAAAAAUUCCUUUCACAGUCUUUCAAAAAUAAUCUGUUAUGGAAUGUAAGUGCUAAAAUAUGAAAAGAUGAAUUUGCAAUUAAUAAAGUUUGUGUUUAUAAGUGCCAUGGUAAAAUACAGAAACUUCCCAUUCCAAAAGUGCUUCCUUUGUGUAUUUUAUAAUUCAGAUUCUAUAUUGUAAAACCUUUUCAUUGUUUUAUGGUCUAACUAGUCAGUCCCCAAAACAGUCCUUAGAGUUUUAAAAUAUUAAUAAUUGUUCUCUUAAAUAUAAUCAUGAUGACUUAAAACCUUCUCAUGAUCACAUAUAUUUGAAUAAGUAAUGAGAUCCAAGGAAAUUCUGUACUUUAAGCAUUUUAUAGUUGUUUUGUUCUUGUGUAAACUUUAACGCUAUCCCUAUGUUAAUCCUAAUAUUUUAAAAUCAUACAAUUUAUAAUAAAUAAUGUAUGUUUUCUCUUAAUUUCAGAUUCCUGGUUAAAAAAAUUACUGAAUAUCUUGAAUGUAAUUUAUUGCAAAGUUUAAGUCAUGUGUAAAAUGUGACUCAGAUAUUGUGUUUUUUUCACAACUAAGAAAUGUUAUGUGGAAAUAAAUAGCCUAAUUUCCUUGCACAUUUUAAAUUGU